AUGCGACUUGUUUCCGAGAGGAACGAGUUGGAGAUUCAUCGUGAAGGUAGACUCACUGUUGACGGUGCUGACAUGGCAGUUUGGAGACGCGCUAGUGUACGGUUUUGGAUCGAAAGUUUAGAUGAUGUUAGGUUGAGUCCGAUGGAGUUUAGUGAAGAUGUGAAAUAUAAGAUUUUGGAGCAGGUUUUUUGGACUGUUAUUGUGCAGGAGUGCAGGGCUGAUUCUUGGACUGUUUGUGCAGGUUUGCACUUAGCCAUUUUAGGCAUUUUCUGGACAACAUUGUGGACUGUUUUGUAG